AUGUCCUUCGCCAUGCUGCGCUCGGCGCCGGGGCGCUUCCUGUACCCCGAGAUCAGCGCGCUGUCCGAGGACGAGGAGAACAGCGAGAGCUCGGGCUCGGAGGAGAAGCCGUUCCACGCGGAGAGCGGCGCGUUCGGCAUGAAGGGCGGCAAGCGGCGCACGGGCAAGAGCCGCGGCAGGAUGUCCCGGGAGCCGCGGCAGCGGCACACGGCGAACGCCCGCGAGCGGGACCGCACCAACUCGGUGAACACGGCGUUCACGGCGCUGCGCACGCUGAUCCCCACCGAGCCGGCCGACAGGAAGCUCUCCAAGAUCGAGACGCUGCGCCUCGCCUCCAGCUACAUCUCGCACCUGGGCAACGUGCUGCUGCUCGGCGAGUCCGGCGGCGGCGGCGGCGGCGGCGGCGGGCAGCCGUGCCACGGGGCGGCGGCGCCCGCCGCCUUCUGCCCCGCCGGGGCCGCGUCCCCGCCCGGCCGCGAGGCCGAGAGCGCCCAGCCCCGGCAGAUCUGCACCUUCUGCCUCAGCAACCAGCGCAAAAUGGUGAGUGGGAGCCGGGAAAACCGGGAAUACCGGGGUCCGGGAUAG